UGAUCUGAUCUGAUUGGAAAAUGAGUGAAUGUUCUACUUUAAACACUUUAUCAACCACGAGUCCAGACAAGGUUUAUGAAAGCAUGAAUUUAUCAUUCAUGGUCCAUUCAAGUGUUGGAAUCAGUGCAAAAGUUUCAACUUUGGUGCUUCAAACUCGUUCAGAGAAGCUUCAUUUGAGUUCGUUUUUUCAUACUUAAUUCCAUUCAUCAUUUUAAACAUCAGCCAAGGAGCUUUUAAGAACUACCAUUUCUCAAGGAACUGAAGGAAAAAGAAGCCAUCUUCAUUCCAAUACAGAGUUUGAAGAGCAAAGACGUACAGCAUGAUGGAAGAUCUCUGGACAAUUUUUUGUGGGGAGUCAGAUUGUUCAUAUGAGGGUGGAAAGCAGUGCUCUUCUGCUUUUAUAUUCUUCACCUAUCCUACUUCAUGUAUCAACAAUGUCUUGGUCAUUGCUUUCGAUGUCCUGCUUCUGCUCAUGUUGUUAUUCAACUUCAUUCACAAACCAUCACCAGCAAUGCUUCAGAUGCUCACCUGCUUGCAAGGCCUUUUGCCUUCUCAGAUACUCUCUGCAAUUUUUAAUGGUGGUUUGGGGGUGGUUUAUAUCAGUUAUGGGAUCUGGAUACUGCAAGAGAACUUGAGAAAUCUGCAGACUAUACUUCCCCUGCAUCAGUGGCUAGUCCUAUUAUCUCAAGGCUUUACAUGGCUCUUACUUGCUUUAAUCAUUAGCCUUCGGGGAAACAAACUUCCAAAAGCCUUUUUGAGGCUUUGGUCCAUACUUGCCUGCUUGUUCGCCGGAAUUCUCAGUGUUUUUUCCCUCUUGGCGGCCAUCAUAGGGAAACAAGCAUCGGUUAGGAUUGUUUUGGAUGUUUUAUCUUUUCCAGGUGCAAUUCUAUUUCUGUUAUGCACUUACAAGGUAUACAAAUAUAAAGAAACUGGUUAUGCAAUCAGCAGUGCUGGCCUCUAUACACUUUUGAAUGGUCAGACCAAUAGCAGUGGUCAAACUGGUUUGGGUAGCAAUGUGACUCCUUUUGCUGAUGCUGAAUAUAUCAGUAAAAUGACAUUUUGGUGGUUAAACCCCUUGGUGAGGAAAGGUCAGGAGAAAACCCUUGAGGAAGAAGAUAUACCUCGAUUACGUGAAUUAGACAGAGCAGAAACCAGUUACACCCUCUUCAUGGAACAACUGAACAAACGCGAACAGUCCCAUUUGUCUACCCCACCAUCAAUUUUGUGGACAAUAGUUUCUUGCCACUGGAAAGAAAUUUUAAUUUCUGGGUUCUUUGCAUCACUUAAGAUAAUUGCACUGUCUGUUGGUCCUCUACUUCUUAAUGCCUUCAUUCAGGUUGCUGAAGGAAAAGAAGCCUUUGAAUAUGAGGGUUAUGUAUUAGCCAUAUCUCUGUUUAUUGCAAAAUGCUUAGAAUCCUUAUCACAAAGGCAGUGGUACUUCCGAAGUAGAAUAAUCGGCCUCCAAGUCAGGUCUUUGCUCUCUGCAGCUAUUUAUAGAAAACAACUUAGACUCUCAAAUGCUGCUAAGAUGACGCAUUCAGCUGGUAAUAUAAUGAACUAUGUCACUGUAGAUGCUUGUAGAGUUGGUGAAUUUCCUUACUGGUUUCGUCAAAUGUGGACAACAUGCCUUCAGCUUUGCAUUGCAUUAGUGAUUCUCUUCUAUGCUGUGGGACUAGCAACAUUCGCAGCACUAGUUGUAAUAAUACUUACUGUCCUCUGCAAUACUCCCCUUGCCAAACUGCAGAACAAAUUCCAGACUAAGCUCAUGGUGGCGCAAGAUGAAAGGCUGAAGGCUUGUUCUGAGGCUCUUGUGAACAUGAAGGUGUUGAAGCUGUACGCAUGGGAGACCCAUUUCAAGGAUGUUAUUGAAGGACUUAGGACUGAGGAAUAUACAUGGUUGUCAGCAGUGCAGAUGAGAAAAGCAUAUGACAUGCUUCUGUUUUGGUCAGCCCCCGUCUUGGUCUCAGCAGCUACUUUUGGGGCAUGUUACUUCCUAGGAAUUCCUCUCAAUGCUAGUAAUGUUUUCACCUAUAUAGCAACUUUACGUCUUGUCCAGGAUCCGGUUAGAUCGAUCCCUGAUGUCAUUGGAAUGGUCAUUCAAGCAAAGGUUUCAUUAGAACGAAUUGUCAAGUUUCUCGAGGCACCUGAGUUGCAAAAUGAAAAUAUUAGGCAAAAAUGCGAAGUUGAGGAGUCCAGGGUUUCUAUUUGUAUAAAGUCAGCAAAUCUUUCGUGGGAAGAGAAUCCAUCUAAUCUCACAUUAAGAAACAUAAAUCUAGUGGUAAAACCUGGUGAAAAAGUGGCCAUCUCUGGAGAGGUUGGUUCAGGAAAAUCAACACUUCUUGCAGCGAUUCUUGGAGAAGUUCCACUUAUAGGGGGCUCUAUUCAAGUUUAUGGAAAGACUGCCUAUGUUUCUCAGAUGGCAUGGAUUCAAACAGGAACAAUACAAGAGAAUAUUCUAUUUGGUUCAUCCAUGAAUAAGCAAAGAUAUCAAGAAGUACUUGAGAAAUGUUCACUGGUAAAGGACUUUGAGAUGCUACCCUUUGGUGAUCUAACCGAAAUAGGAGUAAGAGGAGUUAAUUUAAGCGGUGGUCAAAAGCAGCGCAUUCAACUUGCUCGUGCACUGUAUCAAGAUGCUGAUAUUUAUCUAUUGGAUGAUCCAUUUAGUGCUGUUGAUGCACGCACUGCUACAAGCCUAUUUAAUGAAUAUAUGAUGGGAGCUCUAUCAGGAAAGGCAGUCAUACUUGUGACCCACCAAGUUGAUUUCCUUCCUGCAUUUGAUUCUGUUUUGUUAAUGUCUGAUGGGGAAAUCAUAGAAGCUGCACCUUAUCACCAAUUAUUAGCCUCUAGUCAAAAUUUUCAAGAGCUUGUCAAUGCACACAAGGACACUGCAGGUUCUGAAAGGCUAGCUGAGGUUUCUUCUCCCCAAAGGGGGGAAAUUACUUCCAGAGAGAUUAAGAAGACAUACACUGAGAAACAGUUCAAAGCCACAGCAAGAGAUCAGUUGAUUAAAAAAGAAGAAAGGGAAAUUGGAGAUACAGGCUUUAAGCCUUAUAUACAAUAUCUAAAUCAGAAUAAAGGCUUUUUGUAUUUCACAAUUGCAAGUCUCUGUCACAUCAUAUUUGUGGCUGGGCAGAUAUCUCAGAACUCUUGGAUGGCUGCUAAUGUUCACAAUCCUCAUGUUAGCAAACUGUUACUAAUCAUAGUUUAUAUGGUGAUUGGAUGUGUCUCAAUAUUUGUUUUGCUCUUUAGAUAUAUUGCCGCAGUUGUUUCUUCUAUCCAGUCAUCAAGGUCCAUAUUUUCUCAGCUAUUGAACUCUCUUUUCCGUGCACCGAUGUCUUUUUAUUACUCAACACCACUGGGACGGAUAUUGAGUCGGGUCUCUUCUGACAUGAGCAUUUUAGACCUUGAUAUCCCAUUCAGUUUGAUCUUUACUUUAGGCUCUAGCACAAAUGUUUGUGUGAGUCUAGGAGUAUUGGCUGUUGUUAAUUGGCAAGUUCUAUUUGUCUCCUUACCAAUGAUUUACUUGACACUACGAUUGCAGAAAUAUUACCUUGCUUCUGCAAAGGAGUUAAUGCGGAUCAAUGGCACGACAAAAUCUUCGGUAGCAAACCAUCUAGCAGAAUCCAUUGCUGGAGCCAUGACAAUUAGAGCUUUUGAGGAUGAAGAGCGAUUUUUCAUGAAGAAUUUCAAUGUCAUUGAUAGAAAUGCUAGCCCCUUUUUCCACAAUUUUGCAGCAAAUGAAUGGUUGAUACAACGUCUAGAACUGUUAAGUGCCACCGUUCUUUCUUUCUCUGCUCUUGCCAUGGUUUUGCUUCCUCCAGGAACUUUUAGCUCGGGAUUUGUUGGAAUGGCACUAUCUUAUGGUCUUUCAUUGAACAUUUCACUCAUUUCCGCUACUCAAAACCAUUGUAUGCUAGCAAAUUACAUCAUUUCUGUUGAAAGGCUAAACCAGUACAUGCAUAUACCCAGUGAAGCCCCUGAAGUCAUAGAAGAAAACCGUCCCCCACCAAGUUGGCCUGCUGUGGGUAGAGUAGAGAUCUGUGACUUGGAGAUCAGAUAUAGGCCCGAUACCCCACUUGUUCUUUCUGGGAUCAGUUGUACAUUUGAAGGAGGACAUAAGAUUGGUAUCGUUGGUCGCACUGGUAGUGGGAAAAUGACUUUGAUCAGUGCCCUGUUUCACCUUGUGGAGCCAUCAGAUGGAAAGAUCAUCAUAGACAACCUUGACAUCUCCCUGAUAGGGCUUCAUGAUUUGAGGUCACGUAUUGGGAUCAUACCUCAAGAUCCUACGCUUUUCAAUGGAACCUUAAGAUACAAUUUGGAUCCCUUUUCACAAUAUAUGGACAAGGAAAUAUGGGAGGUCCUUCGAAAAUGCCAGCUUCAAGAGGCUGUGCAAGAGAAAGAAAAAGGCCUGGAUGCUUUAGUAAUUGAAGAUGGAUCAAAUUGGAGCAUGGGACAGCGACAGUUAUUCUGUUUGGGUCGUGCUCUGUUAAGAAGAAGUCGGAUAUUGGUGCUUGACGAAGCUACUGCAUCAGUAGACAAUGCAACAGAUGCAAUACUCCAGAAAACUAUAAGGACUGCAUUUUCAGAUUGCACUGUUAUUACAGUGGCCCACAGAAUACCAACAGUAAUGGAUUGCACAAAGGUGCUUGCCAUGAGUGAUGGAAAAUUAGUGGAGUAUGAUGAACCAACGAUGUUGAUGAAGAGAGAAGGAUCAUUGUUUGGCCAGCUUGUUAAGGAAUACUGGUCGCAUUUCCACUCAGCUAAUCAACAUUAGCUAAUGAAAAAAGAGUCCAACAAGAAGUAGAGACGCCCAGAGGAUGCAUGGAGGGAAGAGCCCAAAGAGCCUUUUUCUCUUU